UUGGGCUAUAAGGGAUACAGCUAACGUUACCUCCACUGGGCAUGCGCACUUCAAUCACGCAUAAUUUUUUUACAGUUAAUUGCGAUUUUUUAUUAUUGUAAGAUUAGCUUUAGGAUUGGGGUAGGUGUAGGCAUUAGCUAAUGUAAUUUAUUGUAAUUUUAUGGCGAGAUUUUGCUUCACUUCCGGCCGUAGCUGUAUCCCUUCUAGCCAUAACUCCUUCAUGUGCCGCAUACAUAGAGCUGCUGCUGCUGUCUGUGUCAUAACACACUACAGCUGCCAUGUCGAAACCUCGCGGGUUCGAGUUUUGGAAGAGCGCUCUGAAGGGCGCACGCUACGUGGUCGCCCCAAUGGUGGACCAGAGCGAGCUGGCCUGGAGGCUGCUGAGCCGCAGACACGGCGCAGAGCUCUGCUACACACCCAUGCUGCACGCACAGGUGUUUGUGAGGGACGCAAACUACCGCCGGGAGAACCUUUACAACGAAGUAUGCCAGGAGGACAGACCCCUCAUUACACAGUUCUGUGCCAACAAUCCCGAAGUGUUUGUCCAGGCAGCUCUGCUCGCCCAGGAUUAUUGCGAUGCCAUCGAUCUGAAUUUGGGUUGCCCCCAGAUGAUUGCAAAAAGAGGCCAUUACGGUGUGUUUCUUCAAGAUGAGUGGGACCUUCUGGAGAAAAUGAUUAAAUUGGCCGACGAGAAGCUCUCCGUGCCAAUCACUUGCAAAAUUCGGGUCUUCCCAGAGAUGGAGAAAACAGUCAAGUAUGCGAAAAUGCUGGAAAAGGCCGGAUGCCAGCUCCUCACAAUUCAUGGGAGAACCAAGGAUCAAAAGGGGGCUUUGACUGGCAUUGCAAGCUGGAAGCAUAUCAAAGCUGUACGAGAGGCUGUAAACAUUCCUGUGUUCGCCAAUGGAAACAUCCAGCACCUGAGUGAUGUGCAUCUCUGCAUGGAGGAGACUGGAGUACAAGGAGUCAUGAGUGCAGAGGGAAAUCUCCAUAACCCUGCCCUGUUUGAGGGCCGCAGUCCACCUGUAUGGGAGAUGUCUGAAGAAUACCUUGAGGUGGUGCAGAAACACCCACCCUGCAGUCUGUCUUACGUCCGUGCACACAUCUUUAAACUCUGGCACCACACGCUACAGAUACACCAAGACUUGCGGGAGGAGUUGGCCAAAGCAAAAAAUGUAGCUGGGAUAGAAGAGGUUAACAGACAGUUAAAACUACGUUGCCAGGAGGAAAUGGCUAAAGAUGACUCCGAAUGGCAUCAAACUGGACUGCCCUUCCCCCACUGGAUCUGUCAACCCUACGUCAGACCACCACCAAAGGAUCCAAACUCAGAAAAUGGCCAGACGGCACAGAAGACAAAAGCUGUGAGUGUGAAGAGGGCACACGAGGAUACCGACGGACCCAACGACUCGCUCUCCAAGAACAAGCAGAAGAAGAAAGCCCGUAACCCUCACAAGAACUUCUGUCCAGAGCUGAAACCAAAAUACAUCAAGUGUGAGCAGUGUGGAAACCCUAAAGGAAAUAAAUGUGUUUUCAACUUGUGUCGUGGCUGCUGCAAGAGAAAGGCUUUCAAGGAAGUGGCUGAUUGUCCUGGUCACGGCUUGAGAUUCAAAACCAGGGCAUUGAGACAAUGCAACUCAGAUACAGGCAGUGAGCAAGCAAAUGUAAAACCUGACAAUCAGACGGACCUUUCCACUACAGUCCUUGAUCAACAUGUCAACCAUAACCUGGCUUUGGGCAUCAAUCUCAACACUUCAUUGAACUGAUUUACCAUUGGAAAGUUUGUAUGUAACUGUUGUUACUGCUGCACUGAAUUUGAAUGUCAAGAUUGUAAUUUGUGCCAAAGCGGGUCCCUCACUGUUUUAAAUGUAAAUCGGACUGUUUUUGGAUGUAAUUUUGAAUGCAUAUUGACACCAACUUAACCAAACAUGCAAAGCUUCUUUUACACAACUAUUAUGGUAAAGGUACAUCUCCUCUUUUCUGAAGUAUAGAGAGUAAUGAUAUACCUGUCCUGCUGUUACUUACUAGUUCAUCUGUUUAUUUACAAAAUUAGUCAUUGUACAUCAGUGUUUUGAAAUACCACUUUAUGUAUUGUUGUUGGGUGAAUGUAUCGAUAUUGUUCGUGUGUUUUGACGAUCACUUAAAAUACGCAACCACUCUGACAGUUCCAUGUCGGUCUCCUUUUUUGUCUUGGGACAUUCUGUGGAAACAUUCUGAUCUUUACCUAUAGAUGUCAUGCAGUUUUACUUUUUUUAAACUAUAUUUUACAGGGGAUUGCACAUUGUUAGAAACACAUGUAUAGUACAAUGCAAUGUAAGUCGCUUUGGAUAAAAGCGUCUGCCAAAUGCAUAAAUGUAAAUUAUUAUCUUCCGAAGGGAGAGUUGUAUGGUGGAAACUGAGUUAAACCCCUGGCUUUUAAUGCAUUCUUUUUCCAUUAUUCAUUUUUUUGUAUGGUGAUGUUUGGACUACUGUCAGUAGUAGUACUGACUACUACUGUGCUUUCAUUAUCACAAGUGUUGCUAAAUUUUCAUAUUGACAAUUACACUACAAAAGAUUCCAGGCCCAGGAAUUUGUUGGUUUUUUAGGAUAAUGCCCGAAUCAGAUGCCUUAGUAAGAAAACCAUUUAAAAAGAUUUAACUGCCAACCCUUUGUGUUGCCAUGAGUGUUUUAUUCAGAUUACAUGUUACCCGUUUAUGCUGUUCUAAUAUAGUUUUAAUUUUUGUAUCAUUUUAAAACAUGACGCCAAUUUGUAUUUCCACAUUGCAGUUUUGUCUGUAUCAGGAUACGCAAAGAUCAGCUCAGUGCCUUAUUCUACACAUCUGUGAACGACUCCCCUUCAGUCUCUAAAUGUAUACAUGUCGGCAGUGUGUAAAGAGCUGUGGUUAUUCUGUGUGAAGGUGGUUUUUCUCUUUUUUUUUUUACCUCCAAACAUUUGUCCCACGCAUCAGUUUCUUGCACUAACAGUGCUGUACAUGCAGUUUCAAGUUUUUUGCUCAAAUAAAUUUUUCAAAGUUCUAAAAGAAAAACUUAUUCUGUUGCACUU